AUGUAUUAAAAUAAAAUAUUUUGUGCAUUAUCAAGUAUUGCCUUAAUAUUUUUUUGUGUUAAUUUCAGAGCAUCUUUACCUGCAUUUUAUUUAGUAGAAUGCUUGAUUCUUUUCAAAACAAGUAUUUAAGUGAGUUUUAAAAGAAAUGAUAGAAUUUUUAAUGAAUUAAUGCAACAUAAAGAGUAUUGUGUAUUUAUAAUGAUAAAAGGACUCUUUCUCAAAAAGAAAAGUUGAUUUUAAUAGAUAAAUCAUUUAGAAUAAGUAGACUGUAUAAAUUGAAAGUAAUGAUAAUUGUUGGAAUCAACAUAAUAAUAUUACUAUAUUUAGGUGCCAAUUUUUAUGCACCAGAACUUUUAAAGUCUUUAUUAAACAAAUAUAAAGAGUAUACUAAUAUAAUUCAAGAAAGAGUAAAAUAUUAUCCUUCUAUUUUUAGAUGUAAGAUUUAACUCUAUUUUAAAAUGUCAUCUACAACAGCAUUUUCUUUUUAAUCAGUUUUCCAUACAUGUCAUCAGAAUUUACGAUAUACUCGAAGGUGAAUUGGAGUUAUUUUCGAUUCUUCAAUACAAUUUCAGCAUCAUAUCGUUAUCUUUAAGUACAAGAAUUUCAAUUAAUUCUAGUUCCUAGAAGCAAUACUAUUGUUGACAGCCUCAUUUAUGAAACCAACAUUAGCAGCAUAUCCUUUGAAUUUGUUUGCAUUUAUGUUGAUUUAUGAAAUAAGUAUACAGGAGCCAUUCUUUUUUAAAACUGUAUAAAUGUAUAGUAAUUAGCAUUCAGAUGAAACAAAGCAUUAAACAUCGAAUAUUAUGCAAGUUAUAGAUUAUGAUAUAAUACUUUUUGAUAAUAAUUUUAGCGUUAGAAUAUUCUGGAUUACCUGAAUAUGGAUUAAAUAGUUUUUAAACAUUGUUAUCUGGAUUAAAGACAUCAUAUGAUGGUCCUUAUUUACUAAUAUUGGCAAUAGCUUAUUUUUUAAAUAUUAUAAUAGAUGUUUUAUAUAAUGUGAGAUAAUUAAGAGGUUAAGUGAGUAUAGCAAGUGAUUUAUCUAAUGAUUUUGAUUUAGAUUUAAUAAGUUAUUUAGCUUAAAAAGAAAGAUAGGAAAGAAGAUAGACAGUGGUUGCAUUAGUAAUUUAAACUUAAGAAAAUGUUAUACAAGAUCAAAAAGAGUCACCAUAGAAUAAUAAUUAAAUUGAAUAGAAUGGAGAAGUAUAGAGAAAUUAUAUGGAAUAGGAUUAGGAAUAGGAAAUGAUUGAAGAUAAUUAAGAAGGGUAAGAAAAAAUAAGAAAAAAUCAUUAAUUUUUAAUAAUAAGAAUAUUAAUUGCAAUUUAAUAAUUAUAUUGUGUAUUUAUUAUAAUGAGAUUUCCUUAUUUAGGAUUUACAUUAUCAAUUUUAUGGAUAUUUUAAAGUUCAAUAACUAGAAAUCCAGAAUAAAUAAUUUAAUUUUUAUAUUUAAUUUAUUAUCCAACUGCAUAUUAUUAAAUAAGAGAAUGUGAAAAACUUGAUAUAUUUGAUUAAUGUUUAAUUUGGAUUUAAAUUAUUAUAUGUUUUGGAACAUAUAAAUUUUAUUUAAAUAAUAAAUAAUAGAUUUAAAAUGCACUUAAUUCAAAAUAAUCAUUAUUUUAGACAUAUUUUAAUUAAGAAUAAGAAGAAGAAGCAUUUUAGAUUGCAUAAUUAAUAUGGGCAUUUAUAUUAAGAAAUAGUUAUUCUAUUACAUUGGUAAUAGUAUUUUGGAUUAGUUUAUUUACAGCUAAUAUAAUUCAUACACUAUUAUUGGUUACAACAAUAUUAUUUAUAGUGAGACAUGAAAAUAAAAAUAGAUCUCAUUAAUAACAUUCAUUUAGACAUAGAAAUUGGAUAUGGAUGGUUGUUAUAAUUAAUAUGAUUAUAUUACUUAAAUAUGUAUAUAUGUUGGAGAUGGUAGUAUUUGGAGAUUUUGGUUAUAAUAUAAUAGAAUUAUUUGGAUUUUAAUUUGAAUACAAUUUACCAUUUAAUUUAGGAUUUAAUGAUAAAGAUUUUGGAUCUUUAAGUGUAUUUUGGAUGCUUGAUUGUUUUGUUGUACUUUAAUAUGAAACAUAUAAAAGUACAACAUAUAAAUAAUUACAGGAGAAUUAUUAAAAAAUGAUAUCAAAAAUUGGUAUAUUUUCAUCAAUAAGAUAAUUGUAUAAUGUAUUGUAUAUUAAAUUUAUUUUAUGGAUUUGUUAUUGGAUAUCUUUAUUAAUAUUAACUUUUUAAUCUUUCAAUAUUAUAAAUCUAUUUUAGAUUCUACUAUUAAUAUAUAUUAUAAAGACUCAUAUUUCAGGAAUGAUAAAUAAGGAUAUUCAAUAUAGAAAGAUACAAAUAUGUUGGAGUAUAUUUUUAAUGUAAGUUGGAUUUGCUACAUUAUUUAGAUAUUUAUUUGAUUUCUCUUGGUAAUUAAUUUAUAUAUAUUAUUUUAAGUUUAUAAUUAUUGUAAUCUUAAUUAAGAAAGAUAACUAUUUAUGAAUAUAUGUAUACACAUUAAGUUUUUAUUGGAUUAAGUAAACGAGUACCAUUUUUAAUAUUUCCAAAUCUUGUUUUAGAUAUUGCAGUUUUAUGUUUAGGAUAUUUAGGUUAAGAUUAUUUAUAAUAAAUGAUAUCAAUAAAUGAUUUAACAGUUCAUAUAUAGAGAUAAAAUAAACAUAUAAAUGAAAAUAAUGAAAUUGAAUUAGAAGAUUUAAGUAAAAGUCUAAAGGAAAAUUUAAUCAAUUCUAAUAAUGAAUCUUAAAUGGAAGAUAGAUAAUCUAUAGCAGCAAAUUUUGCAUAUGAUUUCUCUAUCUAAUUGUAAUAUUAUAUAAUUAUAUAUUAAUAGUCCUUUUUUAAAUGUGAUUUAUAAAUAUGUAAGUUUAGUAUUACCAAUUACUAUUUAUAUAGUUAUUGUUAUAACAUCAAUUAAAUAUAAGAUUUCCUGUAGUAUGUUAGUAUAUUUAUUAAUUAUGUUUUAUUACAUAUACAAAACUAGAUCAUAUUUUAUUGACCAAUUUUAAAAUCAUUAAAUCACAAGCAAACUCAAUGAAAGUAUUAAAUGAAUUUAAUUAGAAAUUAUAAGAUGGAAAUAUAUAUUUAUAACUAAAGUAGAAAAGGAAGGAAUGCGUGUUAGAAUGGAAGACUCUCUAACAUCAAAAUAUAAUACAAAUCUUAUUUUAACUAUUGCAAUGAUUACCAAAGACAUAAAAUUAAAAUCAUUUGAAUAUAAAAAAGCUUGUUGGGGUGGUACACUUAUGUUUAGUUUAUUAUUUUUAUUAAUUACAUACUUAUCUUAAUCAUUAAAAUAUUUUGAGGAUUAUAUUGAUAUAAAAACAAUGGUAAAUAUUAAAUAUAUUUUAUUUGCUUUUGGAACUUAUAAUGAUUAUCAAAGAGAUGAUUUGAUAGUUAAAGAUAUAUAUCCAUAUUUAAUUGCUUUGAUAAUUGUUAUAAUUGAUGUUAAAGCUUCAGAUUUUUUAAAUUCUAUUGAUAAUGAUGAUUAACAUUAAGAAUAAAUUACUAAAUCACUAUAAAUGACUGAAUAAUAUAGAGUUUCUGAGAGAGAAUCACUUUAAAAUUCUACUUCUUAUUUGAUUGAUAAUUUCUAUUACAAUAAAUAUCAAUUAUUAAAGCUGAAUUUUUAGAAAGGAGCUAUACAUUCAUCAGAAAGAAUGUAUAUGAUAAUUUUAUUCUUUUUGGCUGCUAUUUCUGAAGGUAUAUUUAGUAUUAUAUAUAUCCUAUUAUUUGCAUUAGUCUUUUACUCAUCAACCAAUUCCAAAUCUACUAUAAAUAAGUAUUUUAUUUUAUUUAUUUUAAAGAGUGAGUGUAUUAGUUGUAAUCUUUUAAUAUGUUAGUUAUUUAAUAACAUUAUCAUCAGGCUCAUCUCCAAGAAUAUUACCUGAAGAAUUUAAUAAAACUGAAUAUUUAAUAUUCAAUUUCUCAAAUACAGAUUUAUUAGAUUAAUGGGGAUUAUCUGGAAAAGGAAGAAGUAAAGGUACUUUUAUAUUUAAUUGCAUAAUAAUAUUUGCAAUUUGGCUAUUUUAUUAUUUCUAAGAAGUAUUGAGUAUUAAGAUGAUCUUAUUUAUUGAUUAAUGUUACAUUAAUAUGAAAUUAAGAAAAAAGGAAAAACAUAUCUCAUCUAAAUUUUACAUUAUUAUUAAAAGACUCUAUAUAAUUAGCAUUGUUUAUUUCAUAUUAUUAGUAUAACUUUCAGUUUUAUGCUAUUAUUUAUUUAUAGUCUACUCAACUAGAAUAUUAAAAACUAUUAAUUUAGUUAUGUUUCUAUUUACUAUGUAAAUAAAUUAUUAUAUAUAUUUUUAGAUUAUCAUUAUAUAUAAUUGAAAUAUAAUUAAAGAUUCCAAAGAAAUAAACUGAAAAAAGAACUGAUAUUUAUAAAAGAAUAAUAUUUGUUUAAGAAGUAGCUAUUCUAAUAAUAUUUACAAUCUUAUUUGCAUAGAAAUUAUUUAAGGAUGAAAAUAAUACAUAAAGUAAUAUUUCAAUAGUAGAAAUUUUGAUAUUUUAUUUAUUAUAAUUGGGUAAAGAUCUCUUGGAAUCUGAAUAAUAUGAAAAGAUAUCAAAGGAUUUCUAUGAUAAUCUUGACACUAGAUCAGAAGCUGUUGGAUUAGCUAUGAGUUUUGAAGCUAAUAAUAGAAAAUUGAUGAAAUUAAUUGAAAGAUAUAAAGAUAGAAAUGAUUUAAAAGAAAGAAUAGAUACAAUUACUAAAAUGAUAAAUGAAUUUAAUUAAGAUAAGUAAGAUUUCUAUUUUGAAAUAGUCGAUAAUCUGAUUGUUAAGUCAUAAAUAUAUAAGAUCAAUAUAAUCCAAUGGCUGAACCUUUGAAACUUACAAUUUACAAAUGGAUUGAAUCUCAUAGAAAUCGAUUCUUAUUUGAACCUACUUUAUAGAUAUUCCAUUUCAUUGCUUGUUCCAAUUUAUAAGUAUUAGAAAUUGCAGAACAUGAAAUUUAAUAUAUUUAGAAUCAAGAUUUUGAGGCUGUUAUAUCUUAUUUAUAAAGUUUUUACAAAGAGGCUACAAAAUACAUUUCACCUACUUUAAGUAAAGAAAGUUUUAUGUAGUAAUUCUUAUAAAAUAAGAAGAGUGUUGGAUUUAGUUAAAAUAAUGAGAUUAGAUAAAUAAAGAAAGAUUGGUAAAGUUUAAAAGAGAAGAUAUCAGAACAUGCUUCAUCAAAUAAUUUAACUAGAGAAGAUAUUUCAUAAUAUAUUAAUUAAUAUGAUAUGAUGAGAUUUCUUUUAGUAAUUGGAUAAUUUAUAUUUUCUUUUUGGCAUUUCAUUUGUUUCAUACUAUUAAUCACAUAUUAUUUUUUAAAUCAUGGUUUUUUUACUACAAUAUUACCAUUAUUAGUAUUUGCUUAUGGAGCAAUUGAAGAAUAAUAACCAGAUAAAUUAAUGUGGAUAUUUCCUUUUAUUUAUUUAAAUUUUCUUUGUGCUUUAGAGAAAUUAGAUGAUCUUACUCCAUUUUUAUAAGAUAAUUCUUUUUUAGUAUUUUUAUUUGGUGAAAAUUCAGUAGUCUUUUAAUUUAUAACAAUAGUAGCUAUAAUAAUAUAAGUAAAUAUAAUGAAAAAUAUUGGUCUUUAUGAGAAAUUCAUUAAUCAAUAUGAAACUAUAUAUGGUAGUAUUUUAAGACAUCUUUGUAAUGGUACUUUAAAUUUGGAAGAUGGUAUAAAGAGACCAAAAUAAUAAAAAAUAGUAAGAUCAAAAAGUUAAGAGAGAUUCUAAUGUUUAAAUACAGCAUUAUAAGCUUAACGUGUUUCAAUAUAAAUGAAUCAAACUUUUACAGUAUUAUAAAAAUUGGAAGAUGAUUUAAUAGAUUAUUUAACAAGAAUAAAAUUAAUUAAACCUAAUUUUUUCUUUAGAGCUUUCAGUAAUAUGAAACCUGGAAAAGAUGUAUAUCCAUUUAUGGCUGGUAUAUAAAUAAUAUUGGCUAUUUAUAUAUUUUUAUUUUAUGAUUAAAUGAAAUCAAUGGAUUCACCUUCAAUUUCAGAAUUAUUAAAAUAUAGUUAAUUUUCUGGUCAUAUGGUUGUUGCUUUACUAUUUUAAAUAUUAUGUAUAUUAAUAGAUAGAUAUAUACUAUAAUACAAACCUAAAUCUGCCUAAUAUAGUAUAAUAGAUGUAUUUUUUAAAAGUGGAAAUAACUUAAAUUAGAAUUAAGCAAUGAUUCAGUAAUUUAAUUAAUCAAAAGAUUAAUUAGAACCUGAAGAAGUUAAAUAAAUUGAAAUUUAAAUGAGAUAAACUGUUGGAGGAGGAUAAAAAUAAGAUGAUAAUAAUCCUCCAAUUAUUAGAAAGGCAAGAUCAUUAUCAUAUUCAGAAAAGAAAUAAAUAGAAUAGAAAUAAGUAGAAUAAGUUGCUUUAAGAUACAAAUAUUAUUUUUAGGUAAUAUUAUUAAUUUCUAUAAAUCUAUAUUUAUUGUAUUAAAUAAGAUAAAGUACUUGUAAUGUAGCAGGAGAAUGUUAAUAUAUUACUUAUAAUAUAUUUAUGAUCCUCUUUUAUAUGUUAAUUUGUUUGUAUUUCUUUUUGUCUUCCAUUCAAAUUAAAUAUGGGAUUAAUGAUCAAAUAGUAAAUAAAUAUAUAAUUAUUAUUAUUAGGCAUAAAAUACUUUGAUGAAAGGAUAUAAAUUUCAUAAUUUUGUUAUAUUUAAGAUUUAUAAAUUAAUGCCAUUUUUAUUUGAAUUAAGAACUAUAUGUGAUUGGGCAUUUUCAGAAACAUCAUUAACUUUAUUUUAAUGGAUAAAAUUAGAAGAAAUACAUUCUUUAUUAUAUUUGGCCAAAUGUAAUUCAUAUUUCUUUUCUAAUAAAAAGGUUGGGGCUAAGAUUGCAUUUCAUACUAAAUUUUCAUUAGGAUUCUUAGUAAUUUUAGUAUUAUUAGCUUUAUUAUUUGGUCCAAUAUUUUUAUAUUCUCCAUUAAAUCCAACAUUUUAGAAUGAUAAUUUAAUAGGAGCUAAUAUAGAAGUUGGUUUGAAAAUAAAUAAAACAAAUUAUUUUACAUUAUUUGUUAAUUCACAUGUUAGUGAUAUACAUUAGAUUAGUGAAUAUGAGUGGAAUGCUAAAAAUUUAUCAUAAUAUAAAUUUUUAAAUAAUAUUGAUAAAGAAUCAUUAUAAAUAGUUAAAUUAACUCAUUUUUCAGAUACAUAUUGGGAUAUUAGUUAUCCUAGUUUAUAUUCAUUAUCAGAGAAUUUAAAAAAUGUUAUUGAUAAGAAAGGUGCAUCAACAUUUAAUUUAAUAUAAACAUAUAGAUUUAUGAGAUAAUAUACAGAUUAAACAUCAUAAUUUGUAAGUGAUAAUUAUGAAUUGAAUAUAAAUACAUUGAAAUAGAUAUAUGAAUCAAUAGUAAGUUGUUAAGAGAAUAAAUAAAUGAUGAAUCCAAUAUAAUUAUAAAAUUUUUAUCAUGAUUUUAUAAGAAUAGAUAAAAAUAAAGAUAUUUCUAUAUUAGAUGAAGGAUUGAUGAAUUCAGUAAUGAUAUAAUUAAAUUGUACAGCAAAUGAUUAAUUUUGGUGGUCAAUAUAUUCAGAUUAUAAAUAAUCAGUAGGAAUUAAAUUCUAUAUUGUAAGUGAUAAAUAUUCAAGUGCUUUAUUAGGAUAUUCUAUAUUAGGAUUUUAUAUAACUAUAGUAUAUGUUGCUGGUAAAAUGGCAAGAGGGAUUAUGUCAGGUGGAAUAGAUUUAAUAAUGUUAUAAGAUAUGCCAUAUCCUGAUAAUUUAUUAAAAAUUUGUGAAGCAAUAAUAAUGGCAAGAGUAGAAAAGGAUUUGAUAUAAGAAGAAUUAUUAUACUUUUAAUUAAUAGAUGUAAUAAGAUCACCAUAAUUGAUGCGGAAUAUAUCUGGAAGUUUUGUUGCUUAGAGAUUAUAGAGAUUAGAAAUAGAUAAAUAAUUGUAGAAAAAGAAAUGA